AUGUCAGCCAACCGCGAGCAUCGUAUAGCCGGCGCCGUCGACAGCCUAAUCACCCACCUGGUACCCAACGACCCCCACGAAGACGAAGCCGCCGCCCAGGAAAGACACGACAAUUGCUUCGACCUGGUAAAAAGCAUUCUCGACGGCCCCGCGUCCCCCGCCAUUUCCUCAGACGUCAACCAUGCCUCCGAUCUGAUCAAGCGCAAGCUCAUUCAGAGCAACCCCAGCCAAGCCCUGCGCUUUUCGAAUCUCUACACGCGUCUUCUGUCUCUGCCAGUCCUCGGGCAGAAAUGGGCUAUUCUGUACCUACUCUAUCAACUCGCCGACUCCCCAGAUCCCGACGAGCCACUACCGCUUCCCCCGCCGAAGCCUCCUUCGCAAGCGUCGCGCGGUGCCUCCAGGAAACAAGAAGAAGAGCAGCCCUCAAAAACGGCCACACCGCUUUCAAGAGACGAAGAACAAUUCAACGACGCUUUUGCGCCCGAAGGACUAAAGAAGUUCCCCCCGAAGCACGCUCCGAAGAAAUCAGUCGACGAAAAGAAACUAGAGGAAAAGGAAGCGGAGGAGGCCGAGGCGAACAAGAGGCAGGUCGCGUUAAAGUCGACGCUCCUAGCCGACAACUACACCGAGAUCGAACCCUCAGAAACAGUCCUGCUAAGGGAUCUGCCUUUCACGCUCCAGGGACUGUCAUCAACCACGUUGCCGCUCUCAAAACCAGACACUGUCAUAUUACCCCCGACGUUACCAUCACCCAUCAUCUCUUUGCUACACACAUUGGCUGAGCCUUCCCUAUUAUACCGACGAUUGGACACCUUUGUCAAGUCGCCAGCGCAAGGGCUGCUCCGGCAAAGUCUCCGCGCAGCCAUAGGCGGUGAGCUGCGGUCGUACUUGAGCCUAGUUGCGACCCUUGAGGGCCAGAUUCGUAGGGCGUUAUCUUCAUUGGACACAUCCGCGCCUAGAGGUGGCAUAGGCAAGGCAGGAGUUACCCUGAAACGAUGUGUGGUAUGGACCCGCGAGGCCACCAUGGGCCUGAGGCUCAUGAGCCUCAUCGCUGAAGAAUCGGAGAGCAAGCGAGGCGGGCAGCUCAUCUCCCUCAUCCACAGCUUCUCCUCAUCACAUGGCGACCCCAUGGUUGCAGCUUUCGCCGAGCGUCUGUUAGUCCAUGUGACGCGCCCGUUUUAUGACAUCUUGCGCCGGUGGAUAUAUGACGGGGAGCUUCUCGACCCGUACUGCGAGUUCUUUGUCAAGGAACAACAACAGACGGACGAGCCCAAGACCGGCGGCAGCAGCGUUUGGGAAGACAAGUACGAGAUCGACAAGGACAUGAUACCGAGCAUCAUCACCCAAGACUUUGCUCAAAAAGUGUUUCUCAUCGGCAAGUCCCUGAACUUUAUCAGGCAUAGUUGCGGCGACUCGCAAUGGGUCGAGGACUACUCCAAGGCGGCUUCAAAGGAGCUACGCUACGGCGACACUGCUACGCUCGAGGCAUGGAUUGAUGAGGCCUACAAGACCACGAUGAAGCGUCUCAUCGACUUGAUGGCCAAUAAGUUUCACCUCUUCGACCAUCUACAGGCUCUCAAAAACUACAUUCUUCUUGGGCAAGGAGAUUUCAUUGCCUUACUCAUGGAAUCUCUGGCCGCGAACCUCGACCGCCCAGCAGGCGCGCAGUACCGGCACACACUCACAGCCCAGCUCGAACACGCUAUUCGCGGGUCGAAUGCGCAAUACGACUCGCCCGAAGUCCUCCGCCGGCUCGACGCUCGCAUGCUUCAGCUGUCUCAUGGCGAUAUCGGCUGGGACUGCUUCACGCUCGAGUACAAGGUUGACGCCCCGGUAGACGUGGUCGUAACCGACUGGGGCAACCGCCAGUACCUCAAAGUCUUCAACUUUCUCUGGCGCAUCAAGCGCGUCGAGUUCGCCCUUGCCUCCACCUGGCGCAAGUGUAUGACAGGCUCCCGCGGGGUGCUGCAAAACUCGGAUCCUGUCGUGGUUCAGACCUGGAAGUCCACCCGUGGCAUCCUCGCAGAGAUGAUACACUUCAUCGGCCAGCUCCAGUACUACAUCCUCUUCGAAGUCAUCGAGUCCUCCUGGAACGAGCUCCAGAAGCGCAUCCACCGCGAGGGCUGCACCCUCGACGACCUCAUCAAGGCGCACACCCGCUACCUCAACGACAUCACCCACAAGGGCCUCCUCGGCGCCCGCCGCAGCGUCCGCCACGCCGAGACCGCCACCGGCGAGGACGACCGCACCUCCUACCUCGCCCAGCUGGGCGACCUCCUGCGCGCGAUGCUCAGCUACCGAGACUCGGUCGACGGCCUCUACAGCUGGAGCGUCUCCGACUUUACUAGACGUCAGGAGGCCGACGUCAUGCGCAUCUCCACCCGCGCCCCGCGCGGCCACCAGAAGAAGGCCUCCACCCCGGGCCCCGGCGACGCCGCCGACGACGAUAACCCCGCCGUCGCCUCCGAGUUCCCCGUCCUCCAGGACCGCCUGCGCCAGCUCGGCGCCACCUUCCGCUCCCGCCUCCAGAUCCUCCUCGGCGACCUCGCCUACCAGCCCGACGUCGACAUGCGCUUCCUCGGCGUCGCCAUGAACUUCAACGACGUCUACCAGCCCUCGCGGAGGAAGACCAAGACCACGUCGACGGCCUCCGCCAACACUUCCAGGGUGUGA